CGUCAAUGUGGAGACCCUCUUCCAUUGUCCAAACUCAAGCAAUCAACCACCAUAUCUAAUUAUAAACAAUUCACGUCAUUCUUCUAUCUUUUCUUAUCUAGUUAAUCCGAGAAGUUUUAAGGCUCGUGCCCCUGCCACGAAACUCUAAUAUUAUUUCGCCUUUCGAGUUCGGAGUUAUUCGAGCCGUACCGUCGCAAUGGCCGACAUCGCCAGCCUCGAAGAAGACAUCAAGCAAUACCGAGAACAGCUUGAUGUCGUAUAUGCUGGUUUAAAAGAUGAUCCUAGUAACGCAGAGCUCCUUGCUCUCAAGUCUGAGUUAGAUGAUGCGCUCGCGCUAUUGAACGAAACCCUUGCUGAAUUAAAGCCGACCAAGGCACCUCCGCAGCCGAAAGAUCCAUCCCCACCACCGGCCCAGGAGAAAUGGUCGCGAGAGAAUCAUCCGGCAUUUAAAAAGAGCGCCCCACCCGAGGAGAAGGAAGGCGACACGAGUUUGGUGAACUAUAAGGUCAAUGAUACCGUAAUGGCGAAAUGGGUAUCCGGUGACAAAGCAUUCUAUCCUGCGCGCAUCACGUCUAUCACUGGUUCCUCUACAGCCCCGAUAUACGUCGUCAAGUUCAAGAGCUACGAUACCACCGAGCAGUUACGCGCCAAGGACAUACGGCCCGUUACACAGAAGAGGAAGGCCGACGGUACUCCCGUCAACAACGCCAGCCCGUUCCCGGCCCCAUCCCAGCCAGCAGCACCCUCAACCUCGUCCAACCCCGGAGUCAUAUCCGCUGCCGCUAGCAUAAAUCCCGACCUGGCACAAAAGAAUCGGGAGGAAGCGUCGAAGAAUGCCGGCGACGGGAAGCCCAAAGCCAAAAAGAUCAAGGCGACCAAAGAGCUCGAGGCUGGCAAGAGCAAGUGGCAAGAGUUUAAUACAAAGUCGAAAUUCGCCAAAUCACACAAAACUAAGAAGGACAGCAUGUUUCGUACGCCUGAAGGUGUUCACGGUAGAGUCGGUUUCACCGGCUCGGGCCAGGCUAUGCGGAAAGAUCCUACAAGGAGCCGCCACAUCUACCAAGCCAAUGAGGAAUUGGACUAAUAUCAGUUACAGGUGGCCAUCAUUACGUAGAAUGUUGCAUGGUUUACGUCUCCUCUGGAAAAGUCGGAAUUCGGAAUUAGGAAUGGAGGUUCUACAGGCUUUGAUCCCCUUUGUCCCUAAUUAGGUUCUAUGGAUGCUAACAUAG